AAACCCAAAGCACCCCAAGCGUUUCGGUCGAAAGUCGUGAAAAAUGGCAAUCCAAAUCAGACUUUUUGCUCUCUUGCAUUGGAUAUGCAGUUGGUUUGGGAAAUAUCUGGCGAUUUCCAUACCUGUGUUACUCGAAUGGAGGAGGUAGGCUCGUUAKUUUUCUUUGAGAUUUUUCACUAGCCGCCUACAUAAAGCUCAGUAAUAGAGAGAAUUUCCGGCCGCAUGGGGAGUGACCGACUUUCUUCUAACCAGAAAUUCCUGUUCUUUUAUUUAAGUCUAGAUCAUACCGUCCUAGACCUUUUCUUAUAAACCAUCUAAAGUCUGGAUAUGGGACACUCGUUUGACAUGUGAAAUCGAACCACAUGUAAAACAURAAAUCUUAAUUAAAUAUUUACUGGAUACUAGUCGAGAUUGUAGCCUUGCAUUAACAAUCUAUUCUAUAACUCUUGGGGGGGAAAUGUGGUUAAUGGGAAAAAAUAUAAAGCUUGUUGUUAAAUACUUUUAAAAAGUGUAAAGAAAUAAUUUAAGUAUAAAUAAUGCUGGUUACUGUAUUAAAAUGUAUUGUCUCGGAUUGAAAUCUCUCGCGAUUCUUCGCUUCUAAAAAGGAAUUAGGCUUCGGGCAAUCGAACCACAUCAUAAGACGAACUAAAGGUCUUUGUGGAACCAAAUAUGCCUGUACAACCAAACUACAGGAAGUCUAGUUAUAGGAAUGACUGUCAACUUGUCGAAGACAAAUCAAACCCACAUGGAAAACAGACCCCACAUGAACUUAGUGGGUGAUCUAUAUCCAUCAUUUCACUCGAAGAAAAGGCUUUUUUGGACAAAAAUUUAGACCAAUAGRAGACAACUUAUGUUUUAAUGCUUUAUCCUAGUUAUUGAUUAAGUUAAACCAGAAAAGUAUUUUUAAUUUUAAUUCUUUUACCUCUAUUUAUAUGAAGACGGAUUUUUUAAUUGACUUAGAAGCAGCAUUUUCCCGCCAAAAUUAACAUGCAGCGGACGUGAAUUUCUUCGUUGUUCAGUAGCAUCCAAUUUUGUAAGCAAACAAACGUACGAGUAGUUGUCAGAGUUUAUCUUUGAGUACGUGCAGUAUUGGAUAUUUGAAGAAUGCAGGUUAUGAUAUUGCGGUCAUCUUUCUGACAUGUAGAAUGACUGUUCUGCAGAUAUUGGACAACCACUGAGAACGUAUCAAAGGUUAUCGUCUCUUCUGUUUCUAAUGGGCGUUUGGGAGCUUGCAAAGUCUGCCUGUUCUACAUUUAUAAAGGCAAAGCUAAGCAACAUUUCUCAUUCCUUACUUUCUGAUGUUGGCCAUCAAUGGUGUUCCAUUGUUCUACAUGGAGCUUGCCAUUGGUCAAUAUCUCAGUCUUGGACCAAUUGGUGUAUGGACUGCUAUCUGCCCCAUGUCAAGAGGUAUUGGGUAUGCAAUGGUUAUGAUUUCAUUUCUUGUGAGUAUUUACUACAAUGUAAUCAUUGCAUGGUGCUUGUUGUUCUUGUACAAUUCUUUCCGUGCUGAAGUACCUUGGAAAAAUUGUGGGAAUCCUUGGAAUACAGAUCUGUGCAGAGCUAAACAACGAUAUGGAAACGUAUCAACCAACUGCACGGCUCUGGGAUUGGCACCUAACUGCACACCAAUCUUCAAAUCACCUCCAGAGGAAUUUUUCAACAAUAAAAUUCUUCAUAUCAAUGAGAGUAUCAAUGAUCUUGGUGAGAUCCGCUGGGAUUUGGUUGUUUGUCUGAUCAUAGCAUGGCUUAUGGUGUAUUUUUGUUUAGUGAAAGGAGUCAAGUCUUCAGGAAAAGUGGUCUACUUCACUGCAACAUUCCCUUACAUCAUUCUUGUUAUUCUGUUCUUCCGUGGUGUUACUCUUGAAGGGGCUAUUGAUGGCGUCUUGUUUUACAUCAAGCCUGAUUUGAAGAAACUUGCCAAUCCAGAGGUGUGGGUUCGUGCAGCCACCCAAAUCUUUUACUCUCUUGGUAUUGGUUUUGGAUCUCUUGUCACAUUCGGCAGCUACAACAAAUUCCAUAACAACUGUCAAAGUGAUGCAUUACUGGUUACUCUAAUCAACUGUGGCACAAGUUUCUUUGCUGGUUUUGUUAUCUUCAGUGUCAUGGGUUUCAUGGCGUUCACACUGGGAACAACUGUUGAUCAAGUGGUUGCAAGUGGUCCUGGCCUAACCUUCGUUGCAUACCCAGAAGCCAUUGCACAGAUGCCAGUGUCGACCUUAUGGGCAAUCAUGUUCUUCUUUAUGCUAUUGACUCUUGGUCUUGACAGCCAGUUUGCUAUGGUUGAAUGUGUGGUCACAGGACUAUCAGAUGAAUAUCCUAAGUACCUGCAGAAAUAUAAGUGGUUGGCUCUCUUGGUAGCAUGCUUAGUUAUGCUUUUUCUUGCCAUUCCUAUGUGUGCAGAGGGUGGCAUGUAUGUGUUCAACCUGUUUGACUACCAGUCAGGAGGCAUCUCUCUUCUUUUCGUUGGAUUCUGUGAAGUGGCAUUCAUUGGUUGGGGAGUUGGUACUGAAAGAUUAAGCAUGAUCAUUGAAAACAUGAUUGGUAAAAAGCCAAACUAUUACUUCAUCAUUUGCUGGAAGUUUCUUUCUCCUGUCGUUUGCCUGCUGAUUAUUAUUGCACAAAUUGUCAUGUGGUCUGGAAUCAGCUACAACAAACAACCUUACCCCCAGUGGGCUGAGUGUGUUGGUUGGCUUCUUGCUUUUCUUUCUAUGGCCUUUAUUCCUGUUAUUGCUAUAAUGCAGUUAUACAAAGCCAAGGGAGCCACUUUCACAGAGAAAUGGAGAAAUGCUCUUUCUCCUGACCCUACUGUGUUUCGUGGAGUAGAAGAAAAACAAGGUGUUCAUUGUGACAAUGAAAAAUUGUAAAUAAGAGCUUUAAAAGCCAUGUAAAGUAAACUCACAGAUGCUACGACGUUUUGAGAGACCACAGCCAACCAAAGCUGAGUGACAAAGUAUAUUCAUUAUUUUAGAACAGCUAAAUAAUGAAUGAUUAUAUUUAUUAUUUCAUUCUAAUUAUAAUGUAUUUGUUCUAUUUUUUCUAGAAAAGAAUUAAGACUUUUAAUUUAUGGCAACUAAUUAUUCUAGAAAGCCAUUUUACCGUUGCAAAUUAUCGUAUUAAUGUUUCAAUAAUGGAAAGCCAUUUAUAUGUUCUUGGAAACCAUUUUGCUUAACUUAUGUUAACGUUUAUCAUAAUAAAAUUAAUCUUACAAUAACAGAAAGCCAUCUAUAUGUUCUUAAACUAUUUCAGUUUGCGGUUGCACUCCGACUGUCAUUUCCAAUAUUUUUUAAGUUGAAUUUUGCUAGUUUUGAAGUCUGCCAAAACUAACGUAUUUUUGUACUAACGCAUUUUGUUUCAAUUUUUUAACUAUUUAAUCUUUUGAGGAAAUUAUUUUUGUGAAGCAAGCUUGUGCGCAAUCUAAUUCUGCCCUAGGAAAUGAUUACUUAUGCAAUCUCUAAAAAAAAUAGCUGACCUAAAAAAGAGUCUAAAAGUGUGAAAAUCAGUCUGUGGUCUUAAAAAUAGGUGUGCAUCGAUUGCGAAAAACUAGCACAUUAAGAGAAAUAUACCCUUUUUUCGUAGUUCUGUAUGCUUUUUGGUCAAACAUCGGCGCAAAUUUUACCAUUCUCUGAUUAUUUUUCAGUUUUUAGCUUUAUAGAUCUCAAAAACAAAUUAGAAUAUCUCCGGUUGAAAAUGAAAGUUAUAGGCAGUCUUUUUGGCUGUUAUGGCUUAAUCACAUGUCAGUUCAUGUUCAGGUUUUUGAAAAGA